CCCAAUCCACCCGGUUUCGUCUUUCAUUACCAAUUUUCCCAACAUUGGUUUACACUUAUAAUCGCACCCGCAUACCAGCUACAUAUUCCCGAUCAUUAAUUAGGAACCUGAUAGCAUUGCCGUUAAUAUAAUUAACACCGUAUGACUUUAGACAACGGAUUGACAUAGUUAAUACUUAUACAUAUGCGAGGCGGGGUGUGCUUUGGAGCUGAGCCAUUAUAAUAACCGUGGUUACUUAUAUAUAACUAUAUUGUCUUCUAUCGGAUCAGUCCUAUUUCAGCUUUAAGACAGUUAUUUCGUGGGAUUUGGGAAUCAUGACAAAACCAAUAUUAUACGGAAUAUACGUUAGUCCUCCCGUGAGGUCAGUUCUUUUAGUGGCGAAAACAAUCGGACUCGAUUUGGAAUUUCGUGAAGUGAAUCUUUCAGCCGGGGAACAUAAACAGCCUGAAUACUUGGAGAAGAAUCCACAACACACCGUGCCGACUUUAGAUGACAAUGGCAACAUUAUUUGCGACAGUCAUGCAAUUGUCACCUACCUUAUUGGGAAAUAUGCCAAAGAUGAUUCCCUCUACCCGAAAGAUUUAUAUAAAAGAGCCUUAGUCGAUCAGCGAUUGCACUUUGACUCCGGGGUACUGUUUGUUCGGCUAGGAAUGAUCAUAAAACAGAUUCUCUAUCAAAAUGAUCCGAAUAUACCCCAAGCAAAACUUGACGACCUCAGUGAAGCCUAUAGUUUCUUGGAUACUUUUCUCACCAAAAGUCAAUAUCUAUCUGGACCAUCGAUGACGAUUGCCGAUUUAUGUUGUAUUGCAACGACUUCAUCGAGCCAGGGAUUCCUUCCUGUCGAUCCGGAAAAAUAUCCAAAUUUGUCUGCAUGGAUGAAACGCAUGGAAAAGUUGCCUUACUAUGAAGAGGUCAAUGGGAAAUAUGCUAAGCAACUGAUUGCGUACCUCAAUAGUAGAAUCGCAGAAUUGAAAAAGUACUAUUUCAACUUUAACACAGUUAUUUCGUUGGAUUUGAGAAUCAUGCCAAAGCCAAUAUUAUACGGAAUAUACGUUAGUCCUCCGGUACGGUCAGUUCUUUUAGUUGCGAAAGCAAUCGGGCUGGAUUUAGAAUUUCGUGAAGUGAAUCUAGGAUCAGGGGAAAACAAAACACCAGAAUAUUUAGAGAAAAAUCCGCAGCAUACCGUGCCAACUUUGGAUGACAACGGCAACAUUAUUUGCGAUAGUCACGCAAUUGUCACCUACCUUAUUGGGAAAUACGCCACGGACGAUUCUCUUUACCCGAAAGAUCUAUAUAAACGGGCCUUAGUCGAUCAACGAUUGCAUUUUGAUUCAGGGGUACUGUUUGUUCGGCUAAGGGCAAUAAUAAGACAGGUUCUCUAUCAGAAUAAUCCGAAUAUUCCUCAAGAGAAACUAGAUGACCUCAGUGAAGCCUAUGGUUUCUUGGAUACUUUUCUCACCAAGAGCCAAUAUCUAUCUGGACCAUCGAUGACGAUUGCCGAUUUAUGUUGUAUUGCAACGACCUCAUCGGCCCAGGGGUUGGUUGCUGUCGAUUCGAAAAAAUAUCCAAAUCUGUCUGCAUGGAUGAAACGCAUGGAAAGUUUGCCGUACUACGAAGAGAUCAAUGGCAAACACGCUAAGCAAUUGAUCGCGUUCUACUAUUUCAACUUUAAGACAGUUAUUUCGUUGGAUUUGAGAGUCAUGAAUCUAGCGUUAGGAGAAAACAAAACGCCUGAAUAUUUAGAGAAAAAUCCGCAGCAUACCGUGCCCACUUUAGAUGACAACGGCAACAUUAUUUGCGAUAGUCACGCAAUUGUCACCUACCUUAUUGGAAAAUACGCCAAGGACGAUUCUCUUUACCCGAAAGAUCUAUAUAAAAGAGCCUUAGUCGAUCAACGAUUGCAUUUUGACUCAGGGGUACUGUUUGUUCCGCUAAUAGCAAUUGUAAAACAGGUUCUCUAUCAGAAUAAUCCGAAUAUUCCUCAAGAGAAACUAGAUGACCUCAGUGAAGCCUAUGGUUUCUUGGAUACUUUCCUCACUAAGAGUCAAUAUCUAUCUGGACCAUCGAUGACGAUUGCCGAUUUAUGUUGUAUUACAACGAUCUCAGUGACGGAAGGGUUGGUUGCUGUCGAUCCGAAAAAAUAUCCAAAUCUGUUUGCAUGGAUGAAAUGCAUGGAAAGUUUGCCGUCCUACGAAGAGAUCAAUGGCAAACACGCUAAGCAAUUGAUCGCGAUCUGGAACUUGGAAAUCAUGCCGAAGCCAAUACUAUACGGAAUGUACCUAAGUCCUCCGGUGCGCUCCGUUCUUUUAGUAGCAAAAGCAAUCGGUCUUGAUUUAGAUUUUCGCGAAGUGAAUGUAUUAUCCCAGGAAAAUAAAAAGCCAGAAUAUCUAGAGAAAAAUCCACAACACACCGUGCCGCUUCUAGAUGAUGACGGCAAGAUUAUUUGGGACAGCCAUGCCAUUGCUACCUAUCUUAUUGAAAAAUACGGAAAAGAUGGUUCCCUCUACCCGGCAGAUUUAUAUGAACGAGCGGUGAUUAAUCAGCGAUUACACUUUGAUUCGGGAGUACUCUUUGUGCGUCUAAUAGCAAUCACAAGAAACAUUAUCUUCAACAAUGAUCCAAAUAUUCCACAAGAGAAGCUUGACGCCCUCAAUGAAGCUUACAGUUUCUUGGAUAAAUUUCUCAGUAAAGACCAAUAUCUAUGUGGGCCAACGCUAACAGUCGCUGAUUUAUGCUGCAUUUCAACGAUCUCGUCCAGCCAAGGGGUGCUUCCAGUCGAUUCAACGAAACAUCCAAAUUUGUCUGCAUGGGUGAAACGCUUGGAAGACUUGCCUUACUAUGAAGAGACCAAUGGCAAAUAUGCCAAACAAUUGAUUUCAUUCAUUGAUAAUAAAAUUAAAGAACUGAAAAAAUGAAACUCAGUUGAAACAAGUAAUUGUUGAUAAAUCACUGAAAUAAAAAUUAUGCUCUUUGAAAUA